AUGAUUUACCGCCGCGAGAGUGUCUCGCGUUGUUCGAAUAUCUCGCCCCGCGCGGUUCGUUUCGCGAACAGUAUCAUGUAUUUUAUUCUCGCGCGCCGCUUUGCCGGUUUUCGUCGCGAAAUUCUGCCGGAACGCCGCGCGGAUUCCCGGGACUUUCGGCGAGAACACCGUGGACGCGAGGAUAGCGACGGGGCGGUUCACGCGUUCCGGUAUUCCGGAGUUCGCGGUACGGCGUGCGGAACGGGAGCCCCAGUUGACGUCGGGCGUUUCGCGAAUUGUUGCGCGGGCGAUAAGUACGCGCGGAAAAAAAAAAAAAACACUAUUUACAGCGACGGUAUCGCCGGCCGUUAA